AUGAAUUGUGUUGAACAAAUAACCGCCGUCGAAAGAUUUGAAACUUUUGACGAUUACAGUAUUCCCUUUGAAGAAUGUGUGAUGGAGGUAUUCAGAUUAUUGUUCAAGAAUAAGCUGAAACUUAGAGAAUUUCUAAAAGGGAAAACAUUCCUUGGUGACAGGUUUACUAAAAGAAUCAAUCGUUUGUUUGAAAAUUUCAGAAGAGCUGCAGAAGGGACCGACCUUUUAGACGAGUUCCAAGAGAAUAUCGAUAUUAUGCUUGCUUUUAUUCUGGGAAAUUUAACUAUGAGAAAAAGUACCGGUCCAGCUAAUCAGCCAAUUAUACUCUUUGAGAUGGAACGGGAAGGUGACUUAGAAAGUUGGUAUUCACCCUUCUGGGAAAUAGAAGAAGACGAUUGA